AUGGUCUCCGACGAGACGUUCGAAAUAUGCCUCCCCGUCCUCCAGGACCCGAACCUCGACGAUGAUGACAAGACGGACAAAGUCGAAGAGCUUCUGAAGAAGGAGACCACUCUGAACGGCACGUCCCUGGAGAAUGCGGUGCUCGAUGUGCUUUGGCGAUAUCGCGAAGGUGGAGGCAGCGCAACCUCGCCUCCCCCGAUACGGCAGACCAUCCUUCGCCGACCCUCUCCGGCCUCCUGGCGGGGCUCCCCGACGCCCUUAUCCGGCUCUCCUCGCCUCGGAGUAAGCCCUCUUGCCCCGCCGGGGUUCGUCCCUACGAGCCUGAGCCGGACCAAGUCGUCGACAGUAUCGCCCUUCUCGUCUCCGCGCCCCUCGCCGCGGCUCGCGUUCGCUGCUCCAGUGAUACCACAUAGUCCGAGUCUAAAUGCCUACGAGUUUGCUAGUGAUACGAGCCCUUCGCAAGAGACGUUUGGUGACCCCCAGAUUGAGAAUGUUGAAUGGUUAGUGAGUGACGAUGCACUCAGUGUUGCUUCCUCCGUGGGAACAUCGAGCGGCCUCAAUGCCGCCGCCCCCGAGUACGUGUCUGCUCAACAGACGGACAUGACUCCCUAUGACAUGCUUCGCUCCAUCCUCGGGCAGUCCAAGUCUGACGAAGAGAUCGAGACGGCGCUCGCCAUGCACGGUUACGAUCUAAGCGCCACUAUUGCGUCCAUAAUGGAAACUCAGGGCCUGGAUUCGACAAACGCGACGGGGCUCACGCCCGAGUCCAAGAGCGUGCUCAUCGGCAAAUCCAUGACGCCCGACGGAAGACCUAGUACGCCGUCGGCCCAGCACAAGGCCGGUAUCAUCUGCAAAUUCUACCUAUCUACCGGACAGUGCCUCCGGGCGGACUGUCGAUUUAGCCACGAUCUCAGCAAUCACAUUUGCAAGUACUGGGUCAUGGGCAACUGCUUGGCUGGUGAUACGUGCAUCUUCUCUCACGACCCAGCUCACCUCAUGAACAGGCUCAACGUGGAAGGCAGCAGCACUCCGCCUCCGAAGAACCAGAAUUUGCAGGUCCAGGAUUUCAGCUCGUUUCCAUCGCUCCGGCCAGGAACCCCGGAGCUCAACCCCUACGCUGCUAGCUUCAACUACCCGGCCGCCGGGGUCACUCCUCCGCCUGGGCUGAAGCCCGCGCACGGCUACGCCGGCAGCGAAGCCUCUCACCCGCGAUCGCGGCCCGGGAGUCGGCACCAGGCCAAAGAGGGCCUGAGUGCCCCGUCGAUGGAUGAUAACGACGCAUUUCCUUCCCUCGGGUCCGCUUCCGCCAAGCCUAGUAAGAAGCAUCACGGCAAGCGUGGCGGCCACGGCCACGGCCACAAAGAGAAUUUCACGCCAAGCUCUCUAGCAGACAUCGUAAAGAUGUCGCCUUCGCCCGGACCCGCAUCCAGCCGACAGGACGCAAAGAAGGUCGGUCGCAACGGCACUACUACCAGCGUGAAGAAUGGGGAAAAUAGCGUUGCUGCGCAGGCUAUCCCUACGCCCAAGCACAUUCCAUGGCUGGAGACGGGAGACAGAGUCAACAAGGCUUACCUCAAGGCCCGUCAGGAGGCGAUCAAACACGGCGGCCUGCGUAACAAGUUCCUCCAGAGCGCGGCCCAAGCGUGGAACCGCAACGAUGCGCGAGCGGCGAAGGCGCUGAGCCUUAGGGGGCAAAGCGAGAAUGAUCUUAUGCGAAAAGCCCAUCGCGAGGCGGCGCGCGAGCUUUACGAAGAGCGCAACAAGACUGGCGCGGCCGGGUGGGAAAUUUACGUGGAUCUACACGGCUUGCACCCGGAAGAGGCGGUAGAGUAUCUAGAGAGGGUCCUCCUGGACAACAGCAAGGAGGUCAAACCGGUAUAUGCGAUUACGGGGACCGGCCACCACAGCAAGUACGGCAAAGAUAAAGUGGGCAAGGCGAUCAGGAACUUCCUCAACGAGUGGAGAUACGCGUAUCGCGAGUUCUCAGUGCCGGGGGAUCGAAACAACAUGGGGGGCAUCCUGGGGAUCGACGCGCGAAGCUGGGACAAGUCGCUGGCUCGGGACGGCUCGAAGGAGAAGGAGGAGGAUGCCAAGGAGGAGGACGAUAUCCUCAGCCAGGGGGUUGAGAUCGGCGACGGCAAGGUUAGGCUCCUCGUCCGAGAGCCUGCGCCUCCCAAGGGACCGAGCGGGAGCAGAGGCCGAUGA